AUGCCAGAGGUGCGCGACGCCACAGCGCUAUGGAGGCUCGCGCUCCUGCCCACCCCCGUCGAGAGCAUCGAGCAAGAGAGGUCGAAUCGAAUGGAGGAGGACUUGGUGCAGAGGAAUGGAGUACGAGUACGGAUGCUGCUUCCGUUGAUCUCAGAGCAAGAAAGGUCCGGCACUGGAGAUGAAAAAGCAAGGAGCCUUGUACUUCUUCUCACCGACAGCAGCACGAGCAGGGGACCUCCGGCGACAGCACACCAGCAGGUGACCUCCGGGCGGCUACACGAGCAAGGGACCAGUAGCAACUUGCAGAACAGCAGGGGAAAGAGCUCGAGCUUGAGGUCCAGGGCGAGCUUGAGGGAGCUCGAGGUCCAGGCGCGGCCGGAACUCGCGGUUGAGGCGCUCGAGACCCAGGCGCGCACAGGUCCUGGCCGGCGGCGGCACAGAUCCUGGGUGGCGGAGGGGAUAUCGGCCGCGCAGGCCUGGCGGCGGCGGCCCAGGUCCUGGGUGGCGGAGGAGCACGUCCUGCGUAGCGGCGGAGCAAGCAAUUGGGUGGUGCAGGUCCUGGGUGGCGGAGGACCACGUACUUGGCGGCGGCGGAGCAAUCAAUUGGGCGGCACAGGACCUGGGCGUCGGAGGAGCAUGUCCUGGGCGGCGACGGAGCAAGAAAUUGGGCGGCGCAGGUCCUGGGCAGCGCCGGCGUAG